AGUCGUCGUUGUGUACGUACCGACACUUGACAGCGGUCGACCGGCCGAAGUCAUCGGGACUGAAGGAAAGACUUUACCGCCGCUGCCGCCGCUUCCCUCCCGUCCCCGGUUUUUUUUUCUAUAACAAGGAUAAUUCAACAAACAUAACAACGCAAGUUUUUCUGAGGGUUUACCGGGUUGUAACCGCCGUGGAUCCAGCCGUUACUUCUCUCCUUCUCUCAGCGGUUGUUCAGGCUAUUCGUUACCCCCGCGGCUGGCGGCUAGCAUCGGUUACUGCUGCUAAACAUGGUGGCCUGUAGGCAAGAAGAAGAGACGACCCCAGUUUGAGGGAUUUCAGAGGAUUUUUAUUCCUAAAGCUACUCGGACGGUUCUUCCAGUGAGACGCCGCUGCUGUGAGCACAGCACAGCCCGUGUUUCCAGCUUUAUUUGGCGGUUUAUGGACUUCGACGUGAGGCUGUUUACGUUGAAGGAGCAGCGGCAGCAGCACCGUCCGUGUCCUGUGGACCGUGGAUAAUUGUAGUUUACUUCAAAAGUUGUCCCCUCAAAGUUUUCCAUCCUGAUCAGGGGGGGAAAAAAAGUUGUAAAACAUGCGCUCACAUGUCAAAUAGCGGCACGGGUUUAUUUUUAUUUUUAUAACCUUUGUGUUUAUAUGGCAUCUCAUAUUGGAGAUGAAUUGGUGCACAAGUGCAGCUGACUGGAACAGUUUUAUCCACUGAGUUCGUCCUACUUCUAACUUUUCUUUAAAGCUGUGAUCCAUUGUUAAUCUGUGGAUUAUUAUGGAUUAUUAUUAUGGCCUAAUCCAAACCACACCGCACCGGGAAUUUUGGGAAUAACUGCUUCUACAAAAGAUGAUGAUGGUGAUGAUGAUGACAGAGAAAAGCGAUGGUUUCCCUUCGUUAUGAUUUUGAGUAGAGAGGAGUUAAUUACAUGGAGACUCGCCUGACAUGCCAAGGAAGGAGUUGCCACUACCUGAGGGUUGGGAGGAAGCCAGAGACUUUGAUGGCAAAGUCUAUUACAUUGACCACAUUAACCAGUGCACCAGCUGGAUCGACCCCAGAGACAGGCAGACGAAGCCUCUGACGUUUGCUGACUGCAUCGGGGAUGAGCUGCCGGUCGGUUGGGAGGAGGCGUACGACCCCGUCGUCGGAGCGUACUAUGUCGACCACAACACAAAGAGCACCCAGCUGGAGGACCCACGGGCCCAGUGGCAGCGGGAGCAAGAGUCCAUGCUGCGGGACUACCUGGCCGUGGCCAGCGACGCGCUCAGCGCCCAGAAGGAGAUCUACCAGGUGAAGGAGCAGAGGCUCCGCCUGGCGCAGCAGGAGUACCGGCAGCUCAAUGACGCGUGGAGGGACAAGUCGACGUCACAGACCAGCUUAAAUUCCAGAUCGUCCUCGUCCAGCAAGUACGACCCAGACAUCCUAAAAGCAGAAAUAGCCACAGCCAAAAGUCGGGUGAACAAGCUGAAGCGGGACCUGGCCUGUAUGAAGCAGGAGCUGCAGUACAAAGAACAAGGCUUUGAGACCCUCAAAGAGAUCGACCAGAAGGUUUCCAACAGCCCAUAUGGCUACAAACUGCAGGAGGCGCAGGCCAUCCUCAGCGAGGUCCGCUCCAUCCGAGAUGCCAUCAGCUCCGGGGAGAAGGAGAAACAGGAGCUCAUGCAGAAACUGGCCGUGUUGAAAGACGGUUUCCAGCUGGACUCGGGCUCCCAGCAGGAGCUGUGGGGCAGCAGCCCUUCGCUCGCCAACUCGGAGUUGUCCAUCCCUCGGCUCUACUCCGACGCCGGAUCCCAGACAGACAUCCCCGCUGAGUUCAUGACCAGCACCAACAAACUGGCAGAGAAGGUUCGUCUGAGUCUGAAGUAUGAAGAGGCCAAGAGAAGGAUCGCCACCAUCGAGGUACAGAUUGCAAAACUGGACAGCGAGGCAUGGCCGGGACUCUUAGACCCCGAGCGAGACCGCCUCAUCCUCAUCAACGAGAAGGAGGAGCUGCUGAAGGAGCUGCAGUACAUAAGCCCUCGCCAACGCCUGGAGCCCAACGACGCUGAGAAGCUGGAGUCUGAGAAAAAACGUCUGGAGAGAGACCUGCAGGCUGCCAGAGACAACCAGAGCAAGGCUCUGACUGAGAGGCUGCGACUUCACUGCAAGAGAAACAAGCUGGUCAGAGAGCUGGAAGAGAUGGUUCGACUGGCCUCCUCACUACAUACUCAACUCAAGAGCCUUUCUGCGAGCACUCUGUCCUGUUCGUCCGGUAGCAGUCGAGGUUCUCUAACGUCCAGUCGUGGCUCGCUGGCCACCACCUCCAGCCUGGGCUCCACCUCCUCCCUCAGCUUCACAGACCUCUACUUGGAGCAGCCCGAGCUGGCUGACCCAGACUUCCAGAACAAGCUGGACUGCCUCCUGCAGGAGGGCGGCCAGGGAGGCUAUCGUCCCUCCAGCUCCAUCACCACCAUACAUGAACACGAAGUUGUGACAGGCUGUGGAGGGAGGGACGCUGGUAGGCCUGAGGGCAAAGCAGGUGGGGUGGGAGGAGACACGGGGUGUUCUACUGGAGGAGGCGCAGGAGGAGGCGCAGUGGAGUCGGGGUCAUCGAGGAUCCAGGCUCUCAGACUGUCGGAAACCCCUCGCUCCAUGAACUCUUUAUCUCCAAGGUCAUCUCUUUCCUCAUUGUCCCCGCCGUGCUCGCCGCUGGUUACAGACACUAGUUUUCUCUCUGGAGAGACAUUCGCAGGUCAGACAGGGCCCGGCGGGUUGAGCUUGGACCUGGAGCUCCACAGCAGGCUGGCAGAACUGGAGCUCAGCCUGGACUCUCAAGAGCAGCUGCAGGAGGAGCACAGCGGUCCCAGGGGGAUGGAAGAGAAGCAGAAUCACAACAACACGCUGGGCGAGGAGGUCAAAGACUCGGCUCCUCAGCUACGAGGGACGGGGGCGGGGCCAAAGAAAAUGGGCGUGACCUCCGCUGUGUCGGAUGAGUCGGUGGCCGGUGAUAGCGGCGUGUACGAGCCUUCAGAGCGCAGGCCGGGCCUCCCCGCUGACCUCCUCCUGGGCUCCUAUGAGGAGCGCUUGGCACCGGGCUGCUCUCAGGUGCAGCUCGGCUUCCGCUAUGAGUCCAGAGACCAACGCUUCACCAUCUACGUCGUGCAGCUGUCAAACUGCAGCGCCCUCUGCCUGCCUGCUGACCAGAAAGUGUAUGUGCGUUCAGCAGUGUUGCCCUGUGUGGAGACUACGCGCUGCCUCUUCCGAACACGCGGCUCUCUGCCUCAGGACGUCAUGGAGGUCAACGAGGUGUUCAGCAUGCAGAUAUCCCACAGUGCACUGCGGCAGAAGACGCUGAGGGUCGACGUCUGCAACACCAGCAAGUCGCGUCAUGAAGAGUGUCUGGCAGGAGCACAGAUCAGCCUGGCUGACGUCAGCUGUUCGGAGGACAGAUGCACCAAGUGGUACAACCUGCUGAGUCGUGCCUACAUGCCCGAGAUCAACAACAAGGACAAAGAGAGCAGAGCAGCCGGCGGCUCAGACAGGACUCCAGUGAUUUCCAGUGUUUCUAGAGUCGGACCUCCUGAGGAUGAUGAGUGGCAUGGCGACCCUCUGGAGGCAGACAUGUUUGAUGGUGAAGAAGGAAAUGGCGUGGAGGGGGUGGGGCCUCUGGAGGAGGAGGAUGAGUUUUAUUCUGAAAGCAGCCAAUGGGAAGCAGAAGAGGAGGUGACUAAACCGCCGCCACCACCGCCUCCUCCAGCAGCGGCAGCACCAGCAGUCAUCGCAGAAAAGGUCAACAAGGAGACGAGCAUGGACAGCUCGUUGCCGUCCCAUCCCCACUCGGUCGUUCGACCCAAGGAGCGUCGCCCAGACGUCCACCAGCAGAACCCUUUCAUGAGGGGGAACACCAUCAUCCGCUCCAAGACUUUCUCCCCCGGACCUCAGAGCCAGUACAUCUGCAGGAUAAACCGCAGUGACAGCGACAGCUCCACCCUCUCCAAGAAGUCUCCGUUUGUCCGAAACGCCUCCGAGAGACGCAGCAUGCGCAUGAAGAAGCCCCCCGUGCAGGUCAAAGGUCUGGACGGUCUCCUCCGAACAUCCCUGGACCUGGAGUUGGACCUGCAGGUAUCUCGGACGCGGCAGGCCCGGCUGGCUCAGGAGCUGCGGGUGCUGCGGGAGCUGAAGACGCAGCUAGAGAAGGCGAGGCAGCGGGGUCAGAGAGAGCUGCCGGCCUGGGUCCAAGAAGACGAACGCUUCCGGCUCCUCCUCAAACAGGCCGAGAAACAGACUUGUGAAGAGCAGCUGCAGGAGAAGCGGGUGGAGAAGAUGAUGAGGGCAGCAGCCAAGGACGUCCACAAGAUCAGGGGCCAGAGCCGCAAGGAAGUCCCAGAGGUCCAGACCUUUAGAGAGAAGAUGGCCUUCUUCACACGAGCAAAGACCAGCAUACCCGACCUGCCGGCUGAUGACGUGUAGAGAAGAAGCAUUUCAAAGUAUUUCCCCUUCUUGAGUCUUAACCUGCUGUUCCCAACACAAAUGAAGCAAACGUUUGGCGGUGUUAUGAAGAAUUUUAAAUGAUAAUGAUAUUAGUAGAAAAUGGAAAAAAAAAUCACUCGAAAACGUGAAGAAACACAUUUUUAAAGAGCUCAGCAUUUCUAAUGUGGAUAGUCUUUGUUUGUAAAUUAGAAAAUAGCACUGCUAGAGCUUUUUUUUUUAUUAUUAUUAAUUAUUAUUAUUUCACUCUCUCUUCAACUUUAUGGCGUUGUGUUUCUGUUACUAACAGGCUGUUUAUAGGCUUUUAGGUGUUUUAAAAUCAUUCCAGCACAAAGUCACACAGCUUGCACGUGCACAUACAAAGGGUUUUGUACUAAAAUGACACAUUUGGACAAAAUGUAUAUGUAUAUUGAAAGCACAAAACAAUACAGAAGAAGAAAAGGUACUAAAGUGAAAUACGCAACUUAAGCUGAUGACGAAAGAAAAAAUAAAUACCUACACUCAAAAGAUAUUUAAUCAAUCUUCAAGUGUUUUUUUAAGAGCAUUUUGAAAACUUUAUACGCAGACAAACAUAAGCACACCUGACGCUUGUCUGCCGUGUACUAUAUUGAUAGCACAGAUAGUUGUACAUAUGAAUCAUCAGCAUGGCUUCUGCUCUGGCGUCUUUCACAACACGAUAAAAGAACACGAGAGGAAAAACUGGAGCUUUACAAACAUUACUAAAUGAACUGGAUCGGUUUUUAAUCAGCGAGUCGGAGGUGAGAGUCUGAAGUAAAAAAAGAGUCACCCUCACUCAUCAAAGUGUAGAAACAGCACUUGUCUCUCACUAACACUCAGGUAGUUGAUCGGAUAGUCUGCACUUUAAGAAAACUUGAGGUAAAAGUUAAAAAAAAAAGAAACUUGAUGUGAGUUUUUGGAAGGUAAAAAAAGAAAAAAAGAAGAUGAAACCCAAAAACUUUUUCCUCGUGCUGGAAUGAUUGUUGAGGCACACAAAGAUUGUCGAAACACACACAGGAAGUGAAAAUCAAAUGUAUUUUUGAUGACUGUGAACUUCUUACUGAUUGUAUGACUAAAAGGAAGUGACUAAACCCCCCCACACCUACCACUGAUGAGGAAAACUGACCAGCAGCUUACCAGCUAAUAGGAAGACAGCAGUCCUACUUCUCAAGGCUCCUGUUCUUCACUCUGAUUGCUUGGUUAAAAUAUCUUCUCCCCAAAUGACAUCUGAACAUCUGCACUAUGUUUGGUCAGUUUUUUAUAGUUUAAAUUUUUAAACCUUCGGCUGUGUUUUGCUGUCACAUCAGACAAAGAAAAUAGAUCAGUGUCACAUUAUAACGUGAAAAGAUAAAACAUCUUAUAACAAGAUAUGUUCACUUUAUUAGAACAUACAAACUCCAACUUACAUUGUUAUAAUGUAAACAUGAACCUUGUUUUAUGUCAUAAAGACUUUAAAAUAUCUUUUUAUGACGUUAAAGCAUCUUGUUAUAACCCACAUUUUCAUGUUAUAACGUCAUACUGAUUUGUUUUUUGUUUUUUUUUCUGACGUGCCACUAACGCUUUCGUACUUUCCUCUGUUUUCCGUUCUGUAACUGGAUAUUUUGGAUACAUAUCUGAGUCGCUCUCAUGUCUCUUUGAACUGGAUAUUAGCAUGGUGCCCCAGCAAAACUGAACACAUUGUCUUUCUUCUCAUAGAGUCCUUAAAACUGUGCUAAUCAAAGCUUCUUUCAGCUCAUUGUUUUGGUUUUUUACAACUCGUAGCUUCGUAUUAAGUCAGCACAGACAGCAGAAAAGCUCUAAAAUGACCAGCUGAUGACGAAAGGCGAGAUUUUAGCAAACGAUAAGCCAGAUAUUUCCAUCAGGAGUUGGUGGAGACCAAAACAGAGCUAAAAGAGAGUGAAUAUUGGACUUUUGAUUUAGCAGGUGACACAUAUAUGGCAACUCUUUGGUAACGAGUUCCCCAUAAAGUGAUAAUAUGUCAGUGUUGUAUUAACAGCAUCAAGUACUGUAGGUUUGAAUGCUUACUUUUUCUUCCAUGCCGCAAUUAAUACCAGGUCUAGACGUUUAAAAUGAAUUUAGACGGAAAGUUUUUAAAGGUUUCUUCUAGUGCAGAUCAGAUGCAGAUCUGUCAGUAGAGUUGAGUUCAUGUAACUUCUCAUAACACUGGCAGUCCUUGAAAGUUCUGCAUAGUGCCGGUGUCCUGUGGGUACAAAAAGGUAGCAAACAGAGGCAGUCAGUGUAGAGUUCGUACAACUGUGGUGCGAUUUAUAUUCAGCUCAUUGACUUACUGACGUCUGAUGUUGUUUCCAAGGCAACCGGACUUAAAAAUCAGCAGCAGACCUCGACUCUGGCACAUCUCUUGUUUACAGACUCUUUGUGUUUGUACCUGGAUUUUGAGGAGCUGUUGGAGAAGUCGUCCUUGGUGUUUUUUUCUUUAACAUUUUACCUGCGUUAAAGCAAAACGUCUCCCUGAAACUCUUCACUGUUCAGUGAUAGUCCUCAGGUUUGUAGACGUUCCUGUUGAUAACUGGACUCAUGUAGACCUCAAAGCCGACAUUUUAAGCAGAUUUAAGGUUUUGGUGUCAGACUUUCACCAAUCAGAGAUACCAAUACACAGAGAUCAACUUAAUCACUCAGAACAACAGGAAAUAGACCAGAAUGCAUUGUGUUCUGAACAAGUUGUAGGUGGUCAACAGUUUUUUUUUAGGAAGACUGAACAAGAGAGCGUUACAGUCGUCGACCCUUAAAUAAUUCAGUUUUUCAGAAUCUAUGGUAACCCCAAAGUUUUUGACCUGGUCCUUGUUAUAACGGACCAAAGGUACACUGACAACUGGUCUGUCUGGACUUUUGGCCAUUAUUAUGAUUGAGCUGAAGGAAGUCGUGUGACAACAGAGAUUCAGUUUAGUUUUCAAUAGGAGCUGGUAAAUCUUUCUCAUUACUUUUCCUACUACCUCAUUUUUUUUGUUACUUUUGAUAUUUUUCUUUUGUAAAUCCUUUGUCACAAGAAAAACCCAAACAAAUCACCAACAAAUUUAAUAAAUAACCACCUAAUAAUAAUCAAUAAUAAUGAGCAGCAAGUUACAUCUCACAAAGACUUGGCUGAAAUCAACGUUAUAUAAGACAAUCAAAACAAGGAGAGGAACAAAUCAUGAAGUUGUAUGAAAAUUACAAAAUCUUAAGUUUUCCCCAACAAUUCCUCUCCUGUGGUAUCGACAAAGUUGUUUUUUCUUUGAAAGGUCACCGUUAGUGGUUCACUUCUUGCUGGGUCACCAUGCUGACUGUGAAUUUAGGUGCAUUGGGUGCUUUGGAUGAAAAAAAAAACAAAAACAUUCAUAUAAUCCCGUUCCCGGUGUAAACAAGAAUGUAGCUGACACAAAUCUGACUGCUGCUGUCAUUCCAGAUGUUUCUGCUCUUAGACAAACAGCAGCUCAUAAUAUGCUUGAACUGUAGAUCAGAUCCAGUGAAGAGUCGACCUACAACCUUUUUUUUUUAGUUCAUGUUGUCUUUGGUGUUUGUAUGUUUUAAGACCAACAGAGGAAGUUGAUUUUUUACUUAUUUUUCUUGCUAGUCUCCAUUUCCUGUUUCCUUUUCUUCUUCACAUCCUCAAAUCCUCUUCAGAAAGUCCCCAAAAACUAACAGCCUUGUUUUCUGAUAAUUAAAUACUGUAAAUGUUUUAAAUCUGCACAAAAUAACAUAGUCACUACACAUUCAGGUAGAAAUAGGAAUAUUUUUUGCACAAAUAUGUAAUAAUCGAACAGCUCUUCAUCCUUUUGUCUAGAAAACACAGAAGAAGGUGAAAUGUGAUGGGAACUGAGUUGAAAUGCUGUGAGGACGUUCACACUGAGGCUGCGUUCACACUGUGGGAACUAAAUGUUUGAUUCUGGACUCUGGUCUGAACAGUCACACUUCAAUACUCAAACAAUCAAUGCCAAAGAUUUAACACCUGAAGUACACAAACAUGGCCCGGUGGUCUGAAUAACACUUUACCUAUCCGUGGAGCUGCAAGUGUAGACUCAAGUGCAGUCCAAUUAUAUGCCAUAAAGUCGACUUUUAUGAUGCUAUAACUCUUUUUAGCAUUGAGGUCAUAGCUAGUGGACAAACAGUUAGAAAAAACACAAUAAAAUAUAGUCUUGUACAAUACUACCUUUAUUGUGAUCUCUGUAAUAACUAUACUUUACAGUUUAAUUUACACAUUUCUGACAAUGUCAACAAAAACUAAACAUUAUGAACUUCAUAAAGGAAUUUAUGGCAGAGCUAUCGUAUUGAAUUGAAGUAGAUUGUGCAGAUGUACCUAAUAAAGUUGACACUGAAGAUGAAAAUCAGUCUUUUAGGCUCUUUUUCCCCACUUUAUGAAUGAGAAUUGUCUAAUGGAUUAAAAUAAAGGUGGUCAGUUUGAAGUCAGGUUCUUCCUUUCUAGCAACAUUUUAGAUAAUUAUGCAUCCCGAAGGUGCGAUGAAAUGUAACGUGAAAUGCUAAAUUUAGCAUUCUGAACAGCCCUGACUCAUGACUGAUCCCAGAACUCACACCUCAAUGUAUUUUAUGCUUUUUUUAAAGUCACAAUGGGACGGGAUAAGCACAUAUUUUUUCCAAAACUUUUGCACAAACACGUCUUGUCCUCACUAAAUUUAACACUUCACUUUCUCGACACUACGACCCUGCAAAUCCCGAGCAAUAAAAAGACGGUUCAGACUGAGGUCAGGCUGCCAUAAAUCAGAUUUGUACCACAUAGGAAAGAUGCAACAGAAAAUGUUUAAAAAAAAAUUAGACUGAUGUGGUUUCCCGCAGUGUGAAUGUAGCUGUGUACUCUUUGACAGGGCUGAGGGUUUUACUGUAGCAGGAACACUGUGAAAUUAAUGAAAGCCUUUGGAGUUAUGUGAGAGAGUGUGCCUUUUGGAGAGCAACUAUUAUUUUUACUUUCUUUUCGUCGUCUUAAAUGUCCAAAACCUGGCCUCCAUCGUCUGAUCUGAGAAAAGCUGUAAAUGUAGAGAGAUGUUUGCAUUGAUUUUCCUAAUGUGAACUGUUUCACUGUAGAGCGCCAUCUGUUUUAAAGUCCACUGAACUUUUCGUCUUUUGAUUGAACGAAUGUUGCUUAACCUCCAAAUCAAAAAAACUCAUUUAUAACAUCUGGAUGAAGGAAUGUAGGUUUUUGCUACGAGAAAUCAUGACGAUCAUUCAGA